AGUAUUGUUGUAAAAUAAGUCAAAAAUGUUUAAAGUUGUACUUGUGCUGUGCCUACUUGCUGUAGUAUCUUCUUUACACAUACCUAGUUUCAUUAAAGCGUGUAGCAAAAGUGAUCCAAAUUUUAACGAUUGCGCUUUAGAACAAACAAAAGCCGCUUAUCCCUCUAUAAGCAAAGGUGACAAACAAUUUAAGGCUCCACCUCUAAAUCCAUUUUUCAUGCCAUUGAUAGAAGUAGAUACUGGACCAAAUUUAGCAUUAAAAAUGAAGGAACUGACUGUUAAAGGACUAGACAAUGCUGAAUUUACUGAUGUAAAAUUCGAUCUGGAAAAGAAUAAAGCCCAUUUAAAAUUAUCCACCGACUUAAAUUUUGAUGGUUCAUAUGACAUUAAUGGUCAAAUUUUAGUUCUUCCAAUUACAGGAAGUGGACAUUGUAACAUAACAUUUUCCCAUGCUGAUUUUGAGUAUGUCUUUGAAUGGGACGUUAUUGAUAAAGACGGCAAAAAGUAUGCAAACGUUAAGGAUGCCCAUUUAGACUUAAAGCUAAAAAGAGCUUAUUUUCUACUUGAAAAUUUGUUUAACGGGGAUAAACUUUUGGGUGACAAUAUGAAUAUGGUGUUAAAUGAUAACUGGGAGGAAGUAAUGAAGGAAGUUGGAGCGGGUAUUAACCAUACCAUUGAAGUUGUUGUGACGAAUAUUUUGAAAGCAUACUUUGAAAAGAUACCUUACAAUGAAAUGUUUGUUGAUUAAUAAUUUAAUUGUGAUCGGAAAUGUUUUAUAGGUUCGAAUUAAAACUUAGUUAGCAGCAUUAAAUAGUCUUUUAUUUAACUUUUUAUACUUUCUAGUAAGUUGGCUUCAGAAACUUCAUUAUCAUCAUCAUCAUAUGAAAGCUCUUUGAUAUUCUGUUUAAAAUGCACAACAAAUUUUAAGUUUCUUAUGAGGUCUUCUUUAAAACAUCGCUUUUUUUCUUUACAUUCCUGCCAUACUUGAUAUGCCAUUUCCAGGAAUGAUCCUAUUAGACCCAUUAUAGAACCAACAAAGAGUACCAAAAACACACCACCAACGUUUUUUAAAUCGAGAGGCGUAGCAUCUCCACCUUCAGAUUUUGACUAUAAAAUAAAUUUUUUUAAA